CGGGAAUAACGCGGGGAUUUCCCGGGAAUUUAUAAAAACGAAACCGCAAUUGGUAAAUCUGUUUAAAGUUGUUUUACUAUUGUAAAGCAAUACGAUGGCUGAAGGUGGUUACUGGCAUGAAGAGACAGAUCAUGAACGUGCCCGGCGUCCAAGAGGCCUUUACACUCAUCUCCUUGAAGUCAAGAGAUGUGCAUAUCAAGCAAACGUUAUCGUUGCGUAAAGGAACGUGCUCCCCAUAAUCAGAGCUCUAGAUAGAGGCAGUUUUCUACUCGCUAGUUAUUUUAAAUGUUUAUUAAAAAAACAUGACGCGGCUAUGCAUUAAAAUCGUCUUGAUAAUGCGAUUCUAAUCAAAUCAACACCAACAACAUAUUAUUUUACCAAGGGCACAGAUUUAUUUGCCUCUUAAACGCCUUUAAUCCCUUUAUAUAGAGCUCCGCUAUACGUAAAAUCAAACACGAUCGUGUUGAUCCUCAUCCGCCUUAUUUGAAAUCCUGUAAAUCCCAAGUUACCACUAAACAAAACUUCAUCAUACAGACGAUUGUUUCCGGUCGUACCUUACAAUUUAUUAAGUCAGAAACAAGAUUUUGAAUCUUUUUUUUUAAUUGAAAAUAUCCCAGUUUAUUUCCAGAUAUAUGUUGAGUAGUAAUGUGAAUUUUUGGAAAAGAAAACAAUCAGUAAUUAUAGUACACAUAUGUUUGCAAUUAAGUCACACAUAGGUUUGCAAAGUGUCGCGCUUGAUUCGUACUUCGAAAUGUUUUGUAAGUAUGAUCAAUAUUAUAAAAACAAUAUUAUAAAUACACGUAUUUCAAGUAAAAGAUAAAACUCAGAGUGCCAUAUUUGUUGAAAAGUAUCCGUUAUCCGACGUGUUAUUUUAUCGGGAAUUAAAGUGUCUUCAACAUCAAGUACAGUUAUUAACCUACAUGCUGGAAUUUCAAACACUUUCUAUCGAUAUUUUUCAGUUUUUUUUCUGGGAACUGAAAAGUUCAUGCUGUUUUGCGGUGGAUUUUUCUUUGCAAAAUCUACCAUCUGUUAGUGAAAUUCGUUUAUAACAAUUCAAAAAAGAUACCACUUAUCAACUGCACCAUGUCCCAUUGAUCAAACAAUAAUGUUAAGAAUAUACAUUAAAAACGGAGGAACUUACUUCUCGCGUAUAUUGCAGUAUUCGGAUUACCAGCGUGAUACACUGUCGAAUUAUGUGUAUUAUUUUAAAUCUUAAAAAAUACGAAUAAUUUCAACACUUUUCCACAGAUUAAUUACGUUAAUUGUUAAACUUUGUUGCAUCACACAUGUUGGCUUCAUGCCGAUAGUGUUUUCUGUUGCAUUUACAUGUUCCAAUAAACUUCAGGUUCCAUGGCAACGUGAGUCCAUAGAAACCAGUACUGUGAUGAACUCGCUUGGGUAUGGGUCUCAUAUCAGAAAGGCGCGAAGAGAGGUCUACGAUAGCAUUGGGUCCGCACAUGUCUUCACUACGGGUAGUAAAGCCGAGGGACUGACAAACUACUUGGAGAGUGACAUGGACAUCAUGACUGUACUACAAGAUGUCAUGUGUCUAGAAAACGAUGUUAGUUAUGAUAUACUACCAAGGAAAAUUACUGUGUUUACAUUAAACACCGGGGAAUGCUACCACGGACAUUGCAGACUUGCACUAGAGCGGCUUGGUGCAAAUAUUCACACUUCUGUUCGAAAUGCUUUGUGUGCUGAUGAAGACGGACGUGCUCUCUUGUGCAGCGACUUGUACGUUAAUGCUUAUGAUGAACUUCAUGUUGGAGUCGAUCCACGCAAUGUACGACAUGAACGUGCAGGGCCGUCAACGCCGAGAUCACUCAUAGGGGCAUUUAAUAUAGACAUAGUCCAUUCGUUAUACUGUUACUGUCCCAGCAUACUUAGAAAAUGGGCUGAACGACGUCGGCAUUGGCCACCUCCGGAUGUAGUUCACAAAAUUGUAUCCAUGGGAGCCUUUGUGACACCUGUCGGUUUUAAGGGUAGCGAAUAUAAACAUGUGGAAUGGCGGAUCUGUUUCAAUACGGGGGAGAAUUAUCUUGUGAACUGUCUUAAUAACACACAGGUUUACAUUUAUGUAUUACUAAAAAUGGUGAUAAAGGAAGUAUUAAAGCCACUCAAGAAAGAACUUUCAUCAUAUACAGUUAAAAACAUAGUUUUAUGGAUUGCGGAGAACAUUCCACAAGAAUUGUUUAACGAAAGGACGUUGUUACACUGGCUACGCGAAGGGCUGGUAGAACUACGAUCUGCUAUAUUAACAGAAAACCUUUCGUAUUACAUGAUUACGGAGAGAAAUCUGAUGGCGGCAUGUGGUCUGGAUGAAACGCAGAAGCGAACGUGGAUACAAAUGAUUACAGACAUGAUUGACGAAGGACCGAAGGUAUUGCGCAGAAUACCGAAGAUACGGAGAGCAAUAAUCUCACAUCCAGAGCCUCUGAUGUGGUACGGUAAGAGGCGAAUGGAAAUUGAAUUGCUUGUACUUAAGCAAUUGAUCAAAAUGAUCCAGCACCGGGCUUAUAAUGAUGUGGAGUCGGAUACUAUGAUCCAGGCGAUAAACAGACGAAUACACGAGAUAUUGAGGUCGCUCAAAGGAUGCGUAGGGAAGGAAGUCUGGCUGAUAAUACGCUUGAUAUAUUUAAAUAUAUGAUGAUGUAAUUACUAGAUGCAUGUGUAAAUGAUAUUCACAAAGUGCAUUUUAAUGUGAUUCACAACCGAUAUUGAUGUAAUUUUCAAUCGCGUGUUUUAAAUUGAAUUUUUAAUGGCUGAUCAUUAUAGUAUAAGAAGUCACUUUACUAAGUUUCUUUAUUGACGGUAUACCGUAUUAUAUUAAUUUUGCAAAUGUUCGAAUAUAACUGGUUGUAUAUGUAGAAAUGUGUUAUUUUAAUAAAUGUGUUUAAUACGGAUGAU